CCAAUGGUUUCCACGUAAAGCAUGUGGAUUUGCUUCGUGGAAUGGAAAUUUUCAAUUUUUAUUCAAAAAGAACCGGGGGCAGGUAAUUAAAAAUGUUGAGAUGCAAUCGCGAAAGCCUCUCGAGCUGACGUUGGCGAUAAUCAAACCGCACAUCGUUAAAUCUCCCUUCGUGCUUCAGAAGAUUAGGGAUCUGAUAAUCGAUAACAAUUUGAAGAUCGUACGGUCGCGUAGGACAACUCUAACAAGAAACGAGGCCGAGUUGUUCUAUGAGGAGCACAAAGAAAAAUUCUUUUACAACCGGCUUAUGACAUUUAUGUGCAGCGGUCCUUCAGAUAUUCAUAUUUUAGCGGAUCACGAUGUUAUAGCGAAAUGGAGAAGAUUGAUGGGUCCUACGAAGGUGUACCAGGCUCAGUACACUGACCCAAAAACGAUUAGAGGGAUGUUUGGGCUGUCAGACACGAGAAAUGCAGCUCAUGGUUCCGAUUCAAUAAAAUCAGCGGAAAGGGAAAUAAAAAUAUUCUUUACUGAUUUCGAUUUCCAAAGAUGGCACGAGUAUGAAGAGAGAUUCUAUAACUUAGGGCAUCUGCAUUUUGAUCCGAUAGCAUUUAUACAUACUAUUGACACAAACUUUCCGAACACACCAGGCCAGGAACAGAUUACCAAAUAAAUUAUUUACAAAGUUCCAAAGAAGCAAAAAAUGAGUUGUUAGACUGCCAGAGAACAAGUUAUAAAAAAUAUUAAUAGAACAGAGGCAAUUAGAAAAGACAUUAUUGUGUUAAACGUUUAAUUAGACACACAGAGUUCUAUUAACAUGUGUACAAAACCAACUAUUAAUGAAGUGUAAAAUACAAAAUUAUGUUGUUAA